AUGAUAUGCUGGAUUUCAAAAAAUCCGCUGCUGUUUCCAUGUCCCAGGUACGAAGCGUGUCCGUUUUGUAAUAAAGUUAAAGCUUUUCUCGACUACUACGAUGUACCAUACAAAGUUGUCGAGGUCAAUCCAUUCAGUAAGAAAGAAAUUAAGUGGUGGUCGGAGUAUAAGAAGGUGCCAAUAUUGGUGGUUGAUGGCGAACAGCUGGUUGACUCCUCAGCCAUAAUCGACCAGUUGAGCCACAAGGCUUUGUUGGAUAAGAAUGCUUCUUCUGUCUCUGAAGAUGAUGAAGAAACUAAGUGGCGUAGAUGGGUAGACAAUCACUUGGUACAUGUCUUAUUCAUUAUUAGUAUGAAAUCACUUGCUAGUAGUGUUCUUCUUAACAAACAAAUCUCCACGCUGAUCGAGGAUUUUCAUUGGCAUUUUUUGGUAGUCCGCUUCAGUAAGUCUUUACACCUCAAAGAUUUCCAUGUGAUGCUAGGGAAAUUUCGAAAUUCUCCUUUAUUUGGAUAACAAUUUAUACUGUAGCUAGUUUCUGAUUAUGUUGGGAGAUUAAACUCUUGAUUUUGAGAGUUUAAUUAGGAUUUGAUUCCAUGUGAACGUCCAAGCCCACUGCCAGGCAGAUAUUGUCAUCUUUGGGCUUUCCUUUCUUGGCUUCCCCUCAAGUUUUUUAAAACACAUCUCGGAGAGUGGGACCCCCUAACAGUCCAAGUACUCGUUCUUUCUCCAAUUGAUGUGGGAUCUCCAAUCCACCUCCCUUUGGAGCCCAGCAUCC